UUCAAUUUUUUACAAGUGUCAACUCGUCCCAAAUUUUCCUUUGCCGAACCUAACAAAAAAAAAACAGUGAAAUUAUGUUAAAUCGAUUUAAAAGAUUUGCGCGCGAAGCUAUUCCGUAAAAAAUGACAAGCAUUUAAAUUAUUAAAACAUCGAAGUUUCAAGGCUGUUUGAUGGCCGAUCCUUGUUUUCGUUCCUGAUGGAGAAAUAUAAAAUGCGUGGGAGUGAAUUUCGCGCGGUUCCCAAUCGCUGUGAACACAGCUUCAAACUGUUAUACUUUUCCUUUCUUUUUAUUUAUUUAGUUAGCGAUAAUUCCCCACACGAAGUGUUUAUAUACCAGACAAAUGCGUUUUAUUAUCAGUAAACAACAUUAUCAUUGUGAAAUUUAAUUACUAUAUUUCGAUAUAGAUCAGCCUAGGGGACAAAUAAAAAAAACAAAAUUCGAAAAAAGAAUGUGAAGCGAAAUGGCCGCCGAAGCCACGGAGAAUAGACCGGUUCGAACUGACAGCGCUAGUGAUGGAGAUGAUACGUCAGAUGCAAACAAUCAGAAGACAGAAGACAAUCUGUUUACGAAAUUCGCGCCGACGCUAAUAUCGCGCGGGGUGCUGCUCACUUGCGAGAUGUACCUGACUAGGCACCAGUGGAACACGCUAGCCGUGGUCGGCAGACAGCUGUCGUGCGCCGUCUGCGAUCAGCUAUGCGAGGCGAACGCUUUCUCUGAGCACAUCUCCUCAGAACACCAUGUUAGGAACAUGGAAAAGUUUGAGCCGCUAGAGGAAUUCGGCCCGACAAUCACCAGAAAGAUCCGCCAAAGAUACCACUGCGGAAUUUGCAACGUAUUCUUGCUCGAUGGAGACGAAAACCAACAUUUUCGCACGGAAUCCCAUAUAGCAUAUCAGACUAAGUCGAAUCUCAGAUACUACGAUCUAACGCAGAGGCAAGACGACCUAACGUACAGAAUACGUGAUACUCCAGAUAAUACAGAGACAGAGAACGAAGGGAAUAAUACGCUAGAACCGAACGUAGGGCCGAUCGAAGGAAACGACCAAUUAAAGGACUUAAAGACCAUUAAUGAUGCGAGGGUAGAGUUGCUGAAGACGGUAACGAGCCUGGGUGGAUUCGGUGACGUCGAUACAGACAAGACGCACGGCGAAAUCGUGGUCAGGCCGUUCGACGUGGGCUUGGUCAUCACCAGAAUGGCCUACAACACCAUAGUGGUCAAGGAAAAGGCCGUGUGCCGUUUCUGCGACCUUGAAUUCGACGGGAAAGACGCAAUGGGGCACGUUAAUGAGGCCGCGGAGCACAAUGCCACAUUGACUGUAAAUUUUUUCCUGGGCGAAUACAGGAAUAACUUGAUCAGAUUGAUCAGAGGCGAUUUCCAUUGCGCUAUAUGCAAUGUGUUCAUGAAAUCAAACGAUUUAUCGGAUCACGUCGAAAGCCUCAGCCAUAUGCUGUUACUCACCAAGUCGAUGGAAAAAUGCAAUCCCGGUAUCUCGAAUUGUUUCCGGAGACCUCAAAAUAUGAAUCACGUUAAUUUUUCGCAUUAUUACGUGAACCAGCCGACUCGAAGCCUCCGGCCGUACGUUGCUCCGAUAUUCCCUUUACCGAUGAACUUCGUGCCGAAUAUACCGUUAGGGAUGUACCCGCGACCGGCGCCAUUUGCGAUCCCGAACUUCCCUGUGCCGUAUGUGAUGCCGAAUUACGCCCGUGCCCCUGGGAUCAUGCCGAAUUUUAUGCCGUUUAGGUUGCCUUUUCCUAUGGCCUAUAGCAGGCCGCGACUCUGCAUGCCACCGCAGGGGUUUUGGCCGGUAAAUUUUCAUAAUCCACCCGCGCCCUACUUCCCAGUGAAUCGGGCUAAAGAUACCAAUGGCCAUGCUCGAUCUAAAGAAGGGGAGGCAGAUACAGGGGAUUCUCAUUCGGAAGACGAAGACGAUUGUUACGACAAAGACCAAAGAAUUUGGUAUCAAGACAUCUACUACCGUCUGCUACUGAAAUUGAAUCACGAGCAAUUUAAGCGGCUUUUCGAGCUGGAAAGUGAAAGUGGAAUGAUGAGGAAGACAAGUGACGAGAAAGACAAGGAAGACGACAGCAUAUACGUUUAUGUGCAGUUGAAGAAAUGCUUUUACAAGAUCAAGAGUUCGUGUUACCACACCCUAGUCGAGAUCGGACGGUCUGCUAAAUACUGCUUCGUCUGCUCAGCUGAAGUCAAGAACUCGGAUGUUAAGGAACACGUGGACAGCAUCAGGCACAACAAGAAUUUGAAGGAAUGCAAUUUUUCGAUAGACUUCUGGAAGCAUUUGGUGCGACAAGUCGAGGACAAUUUCCAUUGCGGCCUCUGCAACCUUUUUAUACCGAGCGAUAUGCUGUUGGCGCACUUACAGUGGCCCACGCACGUCUCGAACUUCCACUGGGCGUUCAGGGCCAAAGUGCCGAGCGCGGAGCAAGGAACACCAGACCAUCAGGUUGAGCGACCCGAAAUAGGGCCCCUGCCAAAGCGAGAGGACCUAAAACUUGACUUUCUAUUCGCCGAUUUCGCUGAUCGCGACGAGUUUCUCGCUUCCAAUAAGCUCGCCGAAGCAGACAGGAACCGUAGCUUUGUUGAGUCGCAAGAUUGGCAAGGGACCGUCGGGGCUGGGGGCCACGUCAAAUGUCCGGUCUGCGAUGAUGAGUCCUCGAGUGAGUCCGAGGACAGCGGCAACGCGGAGUCUGGUGCGGAUCUCGAUGAGCCUCGUCACGUAUACGUCGAGGGUGGUAGAAACGCGAGGGAAUCCAUCGUAUAACGCUCCACAUUCAUGAGUCUUAAGAAAAGUGAGACGGUUGAAGAUCAUCUUUGUCUCAUUCGCCUCAUUUGUCUCAUGUUAUAUAUAAAUAAUCCCUAGAUCCUACCGAAAUGGCGCUUAAGAAUCUCAAUUAAAACAAAAUUCAGUAAUCCCCCCUAUAACACGGUAGAUCGGUACCGCGUUAUAGGCAACGCGUUGUAUAACGCAUCAUGUACAAAUAGAAUACAAUAUAACCAAUGUUUUACACUUCAAAGACUGGGAAUACCAAUUUAUAAUAAUAAAUUAAUUUCAUUUCAUUUUAUAACAACACAAUUGACGUAAUGUGCAAAGCUACGCGAAAUUAAUUAUGAACUAUAAAAAUCAUUAUAAUUUUCACAGUGCAGAAAUGUUAUGUAUAACGCGUAAAAUCCCCGCCUUAUAUGGGUGAAUACCCGUGUUAUACGACGAACUGCAAUCGCGCAAUAUGAAUAUGCGUUAUAAGAGUACCGUGUUAAAAGGGGGGAUUGCUGUAAAUAAUCUAUUGACACAUCUCUUUAGUUGUUUUAAGGACCGACUAUAAAUUUUACAUUUGCAAAGCUAGGAGCUAAUGUUUCGAAGUCAGUCGCCAUCUUGUUUUAGUUUGACGCGUGACAUUAGCGAACGUCAAGUCGCGGAAUGUCAUUAAUGAUCUCUUUGGCAAUAAUUGACAGAUUUAACGAUUAGCAUUUUUUUUGUUAUGAAUAACUACUUAUUAUUUAACUGGGAUAUCCCACGAUGCUUAGUUUAAGCGAAUUCCCAAUGUCUCGAAAUUUGAAGACUGCGGGUAUAAGUUUAGUGGCAGAAAAAUCUGUACCCUCUCUUUAGUCCAUUAUUGGACGUUAACGCAUUUAAUAGAUCCAACGACCAAUUCUGGGUUGAGGUGAAGAAGAAUUAAGUAAUUUAUCGAAAUAUGAUAAGCAAUUUACGUGAGAGAUAAACAAAUACACACACACUUAAUGAUGGAGCUUGCGUUGUGAGAUCUCGAUGGGAAUUAAAGCUGGAUGUAAUUGAAAAACGCUAUUAAACGCAUUAGUGGGUAUUUUUAAAUAAACCCUAUCGCAGAUAUAAAAUACGUUAGAAAAUCGAAAUUUAAAAUUUUAAAAAUAUAACGGCCACAAAGUGUUUGUUCUGUGACGUCAUUAGUCGGUGAUCAGAGUCGUUAUUGUUCGGGAAAAUUCCUUCUUGACCGACACUUGUCAUCAAACAUUCCGUAUAAAUGUCCACUGAAAUCUGAAAUUGAAUAAUUAUCAUGAAAAUAAUUUUCGUAUAGUAGUAGUAAUCGAAUCAAAUGUACGAACCGAAAUUGUUCGCUCAUGGAUAUCAGACGGCCAUAUUGUUUGAAUUUGACAUUAGCAAACGUCAAAUGGCUAUUUGACAGUCGCCAUGAUGAAUUGCGGCUAAGGCGCGAACGCCGAACUCAAUAGUACUAAAGUACUGUCAAUAUUUGAUUAGCAAUAAUAGUGUUAAAAAAAAUUAUAAACAGCAAAAGAAAAACAUCUAAAAAUAAAAGCGAAUAAAUGCGUAUUUUAUCAAAAAUUACAUCCAGUCUUUUAGGAUUACGUGAUACGAAAAUUCGGUUAAGUUAAAUUAUUGGAGAGUUGAUAGGCUAAUUGCCUCUGAGGCAACGAAUUUGAGACUGGAAAUGUGUGCUUAUGUGUUCAUAGGCGCCGCGAUUGUGUAAUGCACGCGGUGAACUGUAAUUAUAUAGAUAAACUUACGGGGCAAGAGAAUCGUAAAAUAUAUGCUUAAGAACAUCCUAAAGCUUGUCCAGUUACGGUUUCUCUGGGAAACAACAAUGAUUUGCAUUAUUUAAAUCGCUAAACAUAAUCUAAUGACUAAAGCUUAUCAAUGGUUACUACAACAUGUGACGUCAUUUGUGGCUAACCCUUGUACUUUUUAAAGAAGAUCCUUUUGUCCUGCCGUUUAGUUAUUGGAAUUGCUCUAGUCUCUAGAAAAGCUGUUUCAACGGCGGCAUCAUGGCUAAAAUUUAAAGGAGUUUUUUUUUUCAAAAAAUCUCAGGAAUAUAGCGCGAAUUUAGACAUUGACAAACUUUUGAAAAAGCCCGAGAAGUAGCGUCCAAUGAUUGAUUAUUUAAAGUUUUUCUCUUUAAAAAUAACGAUCAUUAACCCCCAUUAUACUAUAAAGAGACACUAAAUGUUUCCCCGCCAAAGUCAUUAAUUUAAUAUUAUCACUGUCAUUGGCGAGAGAAAUGUCAUCAAAAAAACAUGGCCGCUCGGACGCCAUUUUAAAGCAAGGCUUAAUUUCGCUUCAGUCUAUUCUGUAAAGCGCAAUAAAUCGGAUGUCAUAUUAUUUGACAUUAUCAGCUAGCUUGGAUUUAUUGAAAUGCUAACUAAUACAUCGCCAUUUUUUUUUGUCGAAUUUAUAGUUUUUGUUUUUGUUUCAUAGCUAAAUUAAAAGGAUUUUUGAAAUCAUCAUAUUUAUUAUAUCCACCUAACAUUUAAGGUACAGUGAAAAUAACACUUGUCUCUAAUUCGCACAACGCGAAUUCAUGAAAACAGUAAAUCUCCCGUUAAAGGCUGGCAACACUGACGCUUUGCACUGGCAACACUAAGAUUCGUUUCUAACGUAGUACCUAUACAUAUUGUUAAGCGUUAUUAUAUUUUUAAACACCGCUUUCCACUAACGUAUGCAGCGUUUUGGUGUCAUUUAUAUACAUGAUACAUAUUUCGAGGGGUGAUAAGCCACCAAAUAAAGUGCACCUUUAAUUUACAAAGAUAUAUGUCUAAUAUCGUCCCUCGAAUAUACAAAAAUAUAUAUCGACGCUUGAGAGGCAAACGUGACUAAGCGACGAACUUUACAGUAGACUAAUUUAAAGUUGAAAUAUCUGAAAACUAAUUUUGUUUUAACGAAUCUAGCUGUAGUAGAAUCUAGCUAGUAGCUGUAGGAUUGAAAUGAUGUUAAUAGACCUAGAAAUAUAUAUUUUUUGCACAUCGAAUAUGGUUAUUGCCUAUCAUUAAUGUACAAAGCAGCUAUUGUCGCUUAGUCAUGUUUGCCUUUCAAGCGUCGAUAUGUACAUUAAGCGUGUCGUUAGCUCUGUCAUGACGUCACAAAAUUAGAUUUUAGAAUAAAAUCAAUGAAUUUAUUUGAUAGUAAGGUGCGUAGUAUAAUAAGUCUUUAAAUAUUUGUAGUGCGUGUACCUAUGUACUCAUUUAUAGUUUGUACGCAAAUAUCUUCGUGUUUCUUGUUUGUUCUGUACCUUUACUGUACAUUGCGCGCUCAUAGUGGCGAAUUGAUGAGGCGCUGUCAACGAAAAAACAAAAAAAAAGCUAACAGAAAAAAUAUUCGGAACCGGUUCUUUCUGCAUCCGAUUCAUUAUUCGGGUGUGGCAAUUUUUCACAUGGCCAGGUCGUUCGAUGGGAGGACGUAAGCGAUCAAAAUCUGGUCCAAACAGACGUUUAAGAUAUCUUGGCCCCAGCUCUCUCUGAUAUUAAGAAGCCAACACACAUUACCCCGUAUUAUCAUCGAGCGUGAUAGCAAACAGCAAACAAACCUACGUCAUGAGAAAGUUGGUCCGAAUUGGGAAACGAACUUACGAACCAUCUCCGACUUGUAGUCACUCACGCCACCGAGCCAGUCUUAAUAAAACCUCCAUAUCUAAUAUAUAAAAUUCUGCGUCGUGGUGUUUGUUGCCAAACUCCUCCGAAAUGGCUCAACCGAUUCUCAUGAAAUUUCGUGUGCAUAUCGGGUAGGUCUGAUACACCAAAAUUUUAAGGGCGGUCCAAAACAACGUCACCGGGUCAACUAGUUUUUUUAUACAAAUUUGACGGUAGCUGUCUCCUUGAAAACAAAUAGGAUGUUGUGCCUGGUUUGUUUAUGUAGCGAUAUUUCAGGAUUUAUCAUGUACCUACCGGCCUAGCGCCAACGUGACGUAAGCGCGGAACUACAGCUGUCAGUAUUAUCUGUCAAUUAAGUGACACUGGCACUGUCAAAUGAAGCCAGUGGCGGGCAAGGCUUACAGAUCUGCCUAUAUAAGCCAAAAGCUCACAAAAUUCAUCGAAGCAGUGAAAGAAGUAAUGUUUAAAAAAAAAUUUGCGCUAAAACUGCCGCAUUCGCGACUGAAGCUAUGAUGCCUCAUUUAGAUGAUCGACAUGUAAGAGUGAAAGUCCUUUUAAAUUUUUCACUGUUUCAAAUGAUUACUACCGUCUAGAUAUUAUUUAGCGAUGGAUUUCACUUAAAUAAUUUUUCAACCCGGUGUCACAGAAUAACAAAAUAUUAGUUUAAAAACGAAAACAAACAAAAAACACGCUUUUAUAGAAAAAUCCAAGUAAAAAAUAGAAAAUAAAAUUUUUGUGUAAAAAAAAGCGCUGUCGUAUCAAUAUACGACAGUCGAUUUAAUAUGAUUCUGAUUAUUUGAAAUCCUUUUAUCGAAGUAAUAAAAUGAGUAUAUCGUCUAUGUAGUACAAGUCAAUUAUGAUUUCUUUAUUAUGGAUAAUUCAAAAAUUACCAGUCGAAUCUUGAUAAUGAUUUAAAUUGCUUACGAGAAGUAUCAAAUCGCAAAUAAUGAAAAAUAAAUAAUAGUUUAAAAAAACUAAAAAACACGCUUUACAUAAAAUUCAAGUACAAAAUAGCAAAUAAAUUUUAAUAAAUUUAAAUUGAAAAUAGUGUAAAAAAUAUAUAUUUUAUUGUAAAAAAAAGCGUGGGGUGCAUGGUGUUAUUAGUUAUAAAUAUAUUUCUGACAGAUAUGUAGAAGAAUUAUUAUUUCAAUAAUAUCUUAAAAAGCAAUUUUUCAUUUUUUAGUUAAAUUUUCUAUAAAAGCGUAUUUUUAAAACUAUUAAGUACUUUAACAUCAAUUCCUGCCUUAUCGAUUAUAGAUAAAAAUUAUAUAAAUUGGCAAAAAUCUUAUUUUGCAAAUUGAAUAAUGGAAUAAUCUUAUCAAAUUAGUGUAUUGUCAUCGGUCCUCGAUAAAUCUAAAGUUUGAAUGAAAUCUGGCCGUUUAAAGUGGGUUAAAAUCGCGUCUAAAGGAGUCAGUUACAAACAUACAUACAAGUGAAGCUAAUAUAAAGCGUGUAAAAAAGAAUUAAAAUCGGUCAACUUAUACACAAGUUCUGAGGUGAAAUACAUGAAAAUUUAAUCGAGAAACCCCCUUGUUUUGCUGUUGGAAGGACGUCUGAGUCCGCACGGGUAGGUACCACAUCCUGCCUAUUUCUGCCGUGAAGCAGUAACACGUUUCGUAAAACUACGAUAUAGACUUGUUUGGAGGUGGGUGGCGGCACUUAUUUUGCCGAUGUCUAUGAAGUCCAUUGACCACUGUUAGUGGACCGUGAGCUCAUCUACUGAUCUUAGCAAUAAAUAAAGGAAGCAUUUGAAAGAUUACGUAUACAGAUAAACAUAUAAAAUAAUUUUUGUCUAGUCUUAAAUUCUUGCAAAAAUAACUCGGCUAGUUUAUUUCCAUGUCAAUUGAGAUUAGUCUAAAUGAGACAUCAGAAUUGUAAGCUAAUUGAGUCUAUUAGUAUUAGUAAUGUGUCGUAGAAUGUGAAAAUUAGCAUAUCCAAUUUAGGUAAGUCCUUUGAUAAUUCAAAAAGCGUCAUUCCAUAAGUAUAAUUUUAAAGCUCCGUCACAAUGGAGGUAGGUACGUAUAUAUAUACAAUAUAAAAAAAAGGUACGUAAAAAGAUAUUUUAGGUUUUAAAUUUCAUAUGCGGUAGUCGAAAAAAAUUUCGACUAAGCGAUUGAUAAUUUUAUGUAGAUUACAAUUAUAAUUCGAGAGGUGAAAAUGUAUUAUUAGGUUGUAAGCGACAUUUUUGCAAUUUUACACGAGAUUUGGAAAAAAUAUCAUUAACAAAAAAACUUCUUCAACAAUUUGAAUGGAAUAAACUUCAUUGAAGUUCAAUUAAAAGCAUCGAAUUAUAUAAUAUCAAAUAAAACUGACCUUUAAUUACAAAGAUAAAUGCCGCUUAAACUAAAUGACCUUUCACCCCUCGAUAUAUAUUAAUUAAUAUUAUUAGCUGUUCAAAGUGGCAUGAAAGUAGUGUCGUAUAAUUAAUUGUGUCAUCAGAAUUAAAUCUACAAUUUUAAUUUUUUAGACGGCCAUAUUGUAUUACGGUCAACGUCAAUUUGACAUUAGCGAACUUCUAGUCAUUAUUUGACAGCUGUCAUUUUAAUGGCAUCGAAUUGUUUAAGCGUGUAGGAUAGGGUUGCCUAUAUUAUCAGAAUGAAAAACUUUAAAGCUAUUGCAUAGUAUUUUUUAUCAUCUUAUGCAAUUAUAAUUAGACAAUAAUAAUUUAAUAUUAAAACAAUAAUAAAAUAAGACCACGCUAUAUUUAUAAACAUUAACAAAAGCAAAACAUUAACUGUCCCCUUCACACUCAUAAGCUAGACCGCGCGAGAGAGAGAUGGGCAGACUUUUUAUGAUGCGCAUGCAGUGCGACGUCACGCCGCGCGCUUAUUCACAAACACUACACAGGCGCAACGUGUGAAUGUGUUGAACGCGAGCGACAUGGUAGGCGGCGUGGGAGUGUUAGCUUUUAUAUUCGUUACGGAAUUUCUUGAUUCGGUCGCCGCGCUCAAAGCCCGCGAUAAAAGCUGUGCAAUAGCUUAAAAACAACCUAAUUAUUUUUAUAUUGUUAUUUUAGGUAGAUGAGUCAGUGGUCACCGUCUUCGCAUUAUUUCCGAAGUUUUCCGAAGACUUCAUUCGGUCGCUAGGAUAGCUUUAUUCGUAGAUAUGUUAAUAUCGUGCUAAUUACCGCCUAAAUAUAUAAAGAAAUCUCUUAAAUUCAUUAACCCGAAACAAUGUUUAAUGAUUAUCAGAGUUUUAAUGACAAAUUGUGAUGUGAAAAGAACGUGAAUCCAUUCUCGGAUUCGAACGGACUGCAUUAAGACGACUUCUUAAAUAAGAAAAUGUACUUUAAAUCCAAAUAACUUAAUAUUAAGUAUCGAUCGGCAACCCUAAUCGUGUGUGAUGUCUCAAAGAAUUCGACGUUGAUACUUCAUAAUCGUUAUUUUGAGGGGUGAAAGGAUGUUUUGUUUUAGCGACAUUUUUUCAAUUUUACAGAAGAGAUAUUUAAAAUUUAAACAUUUCAAAAAAAUAUCAUAACAAAAAAACUUCAGCUAUUUCAAUGGAGUAAAUUUAAUUGAAGUUCAAUUUUUUUUUAUUGACUUGAUGGGCGAGUGUUUUUUUGACGACCUCACAGCCCACCUUGUGUUAAGUGGUUACUGGAGCCCAUAGACAUCUACAACGUAAAUGCGCCACCCACCUUAGAUAUAAGUUCUAAGGUCUCGAGUAUAGUUACAACGGCUGCCCCGCCCUUCAAACCGAAACGCAUUACUGCUUCACGGCAGAAAUAGACAGGGUGGUGGUACCUACCCGUGCGGACUCACAAGAGGUCCUACCACCGGUAAUAAAAUUAAAAACAUCGAACUUGAUGAUGAUAAUACCAAAUAAAACUGACCUUUAAUUAUAAAGAAAAAUGUCGCGUGUUAAGCCAAAUGUCGCUUCAACCAAACGACCAUUCACCUCUCAAUUUGAUUAUUUGUAGUUCAGUUAGUUUAGAGAUUAAGUGUACAUUAAAAAAUAAGCAAUCAAUUGGGAUUUUUACAUUUUAUGUGAAUUAAUUAUUCGAAAAGUUUUUGUACGGAAAUGAUAUUUUAUUUUUUUAUUGUCUAUUCUAAUCAAUUGUUCUUAUUAAAUGUUAGAAUGAA